GGUUGUCGUUAUCGAGGCUUGGGGAGCGGCCAGGGCCGAGCGGCGUUGCCGUGGCUCGGUUGGUGGGGCGAGCGGUGCGCGUGGGAGGAGGAGCGGUGGCCCAGUGGAGUCCGGGAAGUCGAGCAGCGCAGACGCGUUUCGUUCCGCGUCGCUCCUCGUCGCCGAUCCUCGUCCCUAAUAAGCUUUUUAACUCUCGCCGCGGCGAUCGUGUACCGCUCUCGUUCUCGUUUCUCGAUCUCGUUUCUCCACCGAGUCGGAUGGAAUAACACGGCGCGUAAUAAUACGGUGGCACGGCACGAUACGAUACGAUACGACACGAUAUGAUGGCCGGUCGUUGAUCGCCACGUUCGUCACCUACCUUCUCCACGCUAUUUCAUUCACCUGCUUACCAGUAGUUGCUGGUUGCUAGUCGCGAGUGAGAGAAUUGUGAUUCGAAGAACAGACGGCGAACGACAAACGAAGUGAUCUGGCACGUUGGUGGAGAAGAACGGAGGAUAAGGAGAGGAAGAAGACGAGAGAAAGAAAGAGGGAGUGGGAAAGAGGGAGAGAGGGACGGUGGGAGGAGGGAGGCGGGAGGGAGGGUGGGUGGGAGGGAAGGAGGGAGGGAAGAAAGAAAGGAAGGAAGAAAGGAAGGAAGGAAGGAGAGAGAGCUAAGGUAAAGCGAGGAGGCGAAGAAAAAGAAAAAAAAGGAGCGGAAGGAAGAGAACCGUGUGGAAAGAGAGGAAAAAAAGGAGGGAAAGAGCGAGGGAAAAAUCGAGGGAAUCAAAGUGUGUCGUCGGUGGUGAGAAGGGAUGCCUACGAAAGGGGAAAGGGGAAAAGCGACGGACUUCAGCAUCGCGGCCAUCAUGGCGCCCAGGGGUCCGUCCUUCGGGCAUUACCACCUGCAGGGCAUUGGCAACGCCGCCGCUACCGCUAAUACCAGCUUCGAAUGUCCAACCGGCAAAGCGUUCGUCGCCAAUUCGAAUCUCGAUCACCGAGGGACAUCGACGAGGAGCUCGCCGGUGAACAUCGUCGCGACGGCGACCGUGGUGACGGACGAGGCGUUACUCGGCGACGACGAGGUGGACAACUGCGAGGGGGAGAGCGAGGGGACGGAGAAAUCGACCCAGGAGGAGGACGAGGAGGUGGACGUGGACGUGGAGGAGUGCAGCAGCGUGGACGAGGGGCCGAUCCACGACGCGGUUUCGGCCGCGGCCAGCGCGGCGGCGGCGGCCAAGUGCCAACAGGACGGCGGCGCUCACGGCAACUCGGACGAGAGGAGGGCGCAUCGGCUGAGGACCAGUUGCAACUCGGACGAGCUUCGGGACGUGGAGUGCCACCUCGAGACCAAGGAGUUGUGGGACAAGUUCAACGAUCUCGGCACCGAGAUGAUCAUCACCAAGACCGGCAGGCGAAUGUUCCCCACUUGCCGGGUGUCGUUCAACGGAUUGAAAUCGGAGGGGAGGUACGCGGUGUUGAUGGACAUAGUCCCGGUGGACAACAAACGAUACCGUUACGCGUAUCACCGAAGCUGUUGGCUGGUCGCCGGGAAAGCGGAUCCACCGGCACCCCCCCGCCUCUACGUCCACCCCGACUCCCCGUUCACGGGGGACCAGCUACGAAAGCAGGUGGUCUCGUUCGAGAAGGUGAAAUUGACCAACAACGACAUGGACAAGCACGGCCAGAUCGUUCUCAACUCGAUGCACAGAUAUCAACCGAGGAUACAUUUAGUACGGUGUCGACAAACGGACGACAACAAUCUUCGCAUAACCGAGCUUCAGAAGGAGGAGCACAAGACGUUCGUGUUCCCCGAGGCGAUUUUCACCGCUGUGACUGCCUACCAGAAUCAAUUGAUAACCAAGUUGAAGAUCGACAGUAACCCGUUCGCCAAAGGUUUUCGAGACUCGUCCAGGCUGACGGAUUUCGAUCGGGAUCCGAUGGAAUUGAUGGAGCAGCAAUUGGUGAGGUGCGGGGUGGCGCCGGUCAGGUUGUACGAGCACCUCGCGAUGUCGUCCCCGGCGGCGGCCGCAGCGGCGGCGGCGGCCGCGGCGGCCGCCGCCGCCGCCCUCGGCGCCCAACAGCAGCAGCAGCAGCAGCAACAAUCCCAACAGCAGCAGCAGCAGCAGCAGCAGCAGCAGCAAGCGCAGCACGAGACGGGUGGGCACGCGUUGGCUCCGUGGAUGACACCCUCGACGGCUCUCCUCUACGGGACGAGGCCCGCGACGGGGUCCUCCCCGUCCCCGUACCCCGCCUCGCCGGCCGCGGCACCCUUCCCCUACCCCGCGGCCCUCCCGUGGCCCUGGCAGCCGCCCGUCGCCAUCAUCUCCCGGCGAUCCUCGCCCCCCACCGCCUCCCUCAGGUACGCGCCGUAUCCUCCGCCGGCGAGCACCCCCCCACCCCUCAGGCCCCGUCCCUCCACCCCUAAUUAGCGAUCGAGGGAGAUUGAACCAAAGAGAAACCACCCGACCAUCCCUCGCGCCGACGAAUUAGCCUCUCCUUUCCUCUCCUCCUCUUCCUUCGCGAGCGAAUGUAAUCGUCGUACGGAUCUCCCUCGUGUGUCAUCUUGGCCGGGGAGGGAGGGAGAAAGGCAUCGGUCUCCUCUCGAGAGGAAGAGAAAAUUGUAAAUAAAAGAAAUCGUGUGAGCGAAUGUAAUAAAAGUGGAAGGAAGGAAGGAAGGAAGGAAGGAAGAGAAGAGAUCGAUCGUAGCUGUAAUAUACACGAUACCACGAUAGUAUUAUAUACGCGUGCGUAUAUUCCUUCUACUCUGAAGAGACGCGCACAGUGGUCUUUGUACAUAAAAUCUUUUAUGGUAGCGAGUAGCUUUAACGGCCGUAUCGUUCAUCACCAUGUAGCACGGAUAUAAAUAAACGGAAUUUUCAUUAACA